GAAGAGGAGAGAGGAGGAGAGAGAGGAGCACAGGAAAUAGCCAGCCAAAAAAAAGAAGCCACAUUUAUCUGAAGCCUCAAGGGCUUCCUGAGCCAGGCUCCUGUCUGAUGGCGUUUAUGAAAAAAUACCUCCUCCCCAUUCUGGUGCUCUUCUUGGCCUACUACUAUUCUACAAAAGAAGAGUUCAGACCAGAAAUGCUCCAAGGGAAGAAAGUGAUUGUCACUGGGGCCAGCAAAGGGAUCGGAAGAGAAAUGGCGUAUCAUCUGUCAGAAAUGGGAGCCCAUUUGGUAUUGACUGCGAGGUCAGAGGAAGGUCUCCAGAAGGUGGUAUCCCGCUGCCUUGAACUCGGAGCAGCCUCUGCUCAGUACAUUGCUGGCACCAUGGAAGAUAUGACAUUUGCAGAGCAAUUUGUUCUCAAAGCAGGAAAGCUCAUGGGCGGCCUGGACAUGCUCAUUCUCAACCACAUCACUUAUACCCCUAUGGGUUUCUUCCAUGAUGAUAUCCAUGCUUUGCGCAAAGCCAUGGAGGUCAACUUCAUCAGCUACGUAGUUAUGAGUGUGGCUGCCUUGCCCAUGCUGAAGCAGAACAAUGGCAGCAUUGUCGUCGUGUCUUCCAUGGCUGGGAAAAUGUCCCAUCCUCUGGUUGCUCCCUACUCUGCAAGCAAGUUUGCUCUGGAUGGGUUCUUCUCUUCCAUUAGAAAAGAAUAUGGAGUAACCAAGGUCAAUGUGUCCAUCACUCUCUGUGUUCUUGGCCUCAUAAACACAGAAACAGCCCUGAAGGCAACCUCUGGGGUGUUCUCUGCCCAAGCCUCUCCCAAGGAGGAAUGUGCCCUGGAGAUCAUCAAAGGUGCGGCUCUGAGAAAAGAUGAGGUGUACUACGAUAGCUGGAGCUGGACCCCUAUCCUCCUGGCGAACCCAGGAAGGAAGAUCAUGGAAUUUCUUUCAAUAAAGAACUUUGUAUUUGACAAAUUAGUCAGCAGCUAGGAACACCUGAGACCUAGUGAGAGGUCUUAGAACAGCUCUGCCUCAUAUCUCUGUGAGCCCUACCCACAAUACCCAGAGAUACACGAAUCAUGAAAAAGUCCCUCUGACAUUUGCACGGUGAAAACGUAUUUAUAAUAAAUGUCAUGGACAUUGGAGUCUGCAGUUGUGAACUUGAUAGCAAGCAUGGCUGUGAAAUGCAAGGUAGUUACGUCAACUAUAUCAUAUAGAAUGAUAUAGUGGUGCCUAAUGCAACAUUAAAUAUAAUAAAGGCAAUGUCAACCCUAUAAGUGUAAAACUGGUAACUAUAAAUUGAGCUUACUCAACAUGUUCCCUUUAAAACCAUAACCUAAACAAAUGAAAAUUUCCUAUGUUCA